AAUACAGUACCAAGAAAGAAAAAGUGAAAGCAUGUUAUUAACAACACGUUACAAAGCAGGAGAAAAGCAAUAAAACCCCAAGAAGGACUCAACCAGCAACUCUCUUUAGAACAAAUCAACCAUAAAAAGCUAGGAGGAUCAGAUUAGGCGUAAUGAAGAACCACAAGCCAGACUUGAAGUGAUUGAAGAAUUGUGAUUCUUUGUCCUUUUCAAUAAGAACACAGGCUCUCUUUUUGUGUUUUUUUAGUGUAUAAUCACAGGAGCUAAGCACAAGGUCACGCAACUUUUCAAACAAAAACUCUCUCUGUCUCUUUCUCUUCUUCCUAAAGUACUACUUAAAACUACUGAUCCAAGUUGGUUAACAAGCAUGGCUCCAGGAUUGAACUCUUUGGGGCUGACGACCCUGAUCCUAUCAUCAGCAAGAAACGCCUCGAUGCACCGGAACAACUGCGAGCAGCUGGCUGAGCAUGUGAAGCUGAUAGGAAACCUGUUAGAGAAGCUGAAAUCGACGAACCUGGUAACUCUGCCAGCGGUAAAAGAACCAUUGGAUGGCCUGGACGAGGCCCUGAAGAAAGCUUUGGACUUGGUGGAGAGUUGCAGGGACAAAAGCUGCCUUUACAUGCUUGCCCUGGGAUGGAGCAUCGUCUACCAGUUUCGCCGAGUCCAAGCUGAGACUGAUCGAUACCUUCAGCUCGUGCCUUUGAUUUCACUUGUUCAUGAAUUUCAAAUGCAAAACUUGGAGGAAUGCUUGCAGGCAAUCGAACAGGAUCAGAGGGAAUACAGUCUGGACGAAGAGGAUGUAGAAGCCCAGAGGGUUAUACUAAAACCUGACAGAACAAAGAAAGAUGCAAACAUAUUGGAGAAAUCCCUGUCUCGCAGGUACCCUGACCUGAGAUUCCAGGAAGCUUUGCAAGAAGAAAAAGAGAAGCUGCACGUUGAGCUGCAGCGAUCACGAACCAUUGAUGAUUCUAAGCAGUCCCGUGUGAUUGAACAUCUCAUCGAUGUAACUGAAAAUGUUGUUAAUGUGCUUCCUGGGAAGGAGGUUCAUAAGCUUCUUGUGAAUGAGCCAGCUUAUGUCUUAGCGGGGUACAUGACCAAUGAAAAACCUGGAGGCAGAGAACUUGGGUUGAAGACUGAAGAACGAUGUCAAUCCGAAUGGCAGGUUGAUCUUUUCGAUUGUUGCAGUGAACCUUGUUUAAGCUUGAAGACCUGCUUCUAUCCUUGUGGAGUUUUCUCAAGCAUAACAAAUGUUGUCUCCAAGGGAAAAACAUCUCGAGAACAAGCCAUCAGUGAUCUAAUGGCAUACUCCCUGAUCUGUGGCUGCCGUUGUUACUCUUGUUGCAUACGGAAGAAACUGAGAGAACUUUUCAACAUAAAGGGAGGUUCAGGCGAUGACUAUCUAACCCAUCUCAUUUGCUGCUGCUGCGCGAUGGUUCAGGAGUGGCGCGAGCUGGAGGCCAGAGGCUUUGAAGGAUGUGAAGGGAGAGAGAUAAUUCCUCCACCAUACCAGUACAUGAAGCCUUAAUAUCCCUCGAUAUACCAACAUAAAUUGACUGCAAA